CGGGAAUGCGGUGCAAGCGACGUCGAGUGUGCUGAUCUGAGACAUAACUAUAUAUAUGCUCCUCGGACGAAAGACGAUGUCGAACAGAUGGCAGCUUUGCUCGCUUCUUUGGUCGGGAGAGAUCUAGUGCAAUGGAUCUUGGAUCUGGCGGAGUAUUGGGUCCGACACAGAGAACAGGGCACGAAGAAAUGCGUUGUCCAAGGAAAAGGCGACGGAGAAGAGCGCGAACUGCUAUGUCUCACCACUUCGAACAUAAGUGGGCGAGCGCACAAUCCUUUACGCAAGGUCAUAUUCAAGAUCACGUCACACGAUCAAGGAUGGCGAAACCAAAGCGGUUCGUGGACCUGGUUUGAGGCGGGAUGUUAUCGAGAUAGCCAUGAGCUGUCACGUCGAAUAAUCACGUACAAUGUCCCUGCGUCCUCAUUCCCGCACGUCCACAUCAAAGUUUGGGAGUGUGGCGCCGACGCUGGCACGAAGAUAUGGAUGGAGCAGUUCAAACCAGGAGACAGACUGUCUAUCUUUGCAAAGGCGCGAUUCAAUACAUGGGUCAAUCAUAUCGAUGAUGUUGAAGUCAUGACCUUCUGCGCAUGCGUAUAAAGUGAAAAAGGAUACCGGGCAAGGUUCUAUGACCUGCUGUAAUUUCUAUUAUAAGUAUGCCAAUAAAAAUAUGCUCUUUCGAGAGUGACAGCAGCUCACAGGUGUAGAGUCACACCAAUGUCGAGCCAUACAUCGU